AUGACUGCGGGUGGUCGCAAGGCAAUGCUCUCGACGUCGGCGAUGGCGAUGGCUCAGCGCGAACAGCUCCCGCUGCACCCGACGUGGGACAAGUUGGCGCAGAAGGAGACCAAGGGCGACACGAACAAGCUCAUGUGGAAGACUCCCGAGGGCGUGACGCUCAAGCCAAUGUACUCAAAGCGCGACACGGCCGACAUCCCGGAAGAAGUCCCCGGCGUCUUCCCGUUCACUCGCGGCCCGUACGCCACCAUGUACACCCAGCGUCCGUGGACCAUUCGCCACUACGACUCGGACAACCCACGUGUCUAUGGUGACGUUGGUAUGGCGGGUGUCGCCAUCGACUCUGUUGAAGACAUGAAGGUUCUGUUCCAGGGCAUUCCCCUCGACAAGAUGUCCGUCUCCAUGACCAUGAACGGCGCCGUUCUGCCUGUGCUUGCCAUGUACAUCAUUGCCGCCGAAGAGCAGGGUGUCGAGCAAAAGCUGCUGCAAGGCACCGUUCAAAACGACAUUCUGAAGGAGUUCAUGGUGCGCAACACAUUCAUCUAUCCUCCGGAGCCCUCAAUGCGCGUCAUUGGCGACAUUUUCAGCUACACUGCACAGCACAUGCCCAAGUACAACUCCAUCUCUAUUUCAGGCUACCACAUUCAAGAGGCUGGUGCCGACUCAGUCCUUGAGAUGGCCUUCACCAUUGCCGACGGUAUCGAAUACGUGCGCACUGGCCUGAAGGCUGGCAUGUCCGUCGACGAUUUCGCCCCGCGUCUGAGCUUCUUCUGGGCCAUCGGCAUGAACUUUUACAUGGAAAUUGCCAAGAUGCGCGCUGCCCGUCGUCUCUGGGCCGAGCUCAUCAAGGAAAAGUUCAGCCCGAAGAGCGAAAAGUCGUUGCUGCUUCGCACGCAUUGCCAGACCUCGGGCUGGUCUCUGACUGAGCAGGAUCCUUACAACAACGUCAUUCGCACCACCAUUGAAGCCAUGGCGGCCGUUUUUGGUGGCACGCAGUCGCUGCACACCAACGCCUUGGACGAGGCGCUCGGUCUGCCCACCGUCUUCUCAGCACGCAUUGCUCGUAACACUCAGAUCAUCAUCCAGGAGGAGAGCGGCAUUCCGAAGAUUGCCGAUCCGUGGGGCGGCUCGUACAUGAUGGAGUCGCUGACGAAUCAGGUGUACGACGCUGCUCUUACCAUCAUCCGGGAAGUUGAAGACCUUGGAGGCAUGGCCAAGGCCGUAGAGAGCGGCAUGCCCAAGCUCCGCGUCGAGGAGAGCGCUGCCAAGCGCCAAGCCCGCAUCGACUCCAACCGCGAAAUUAUCGUCGGUGUCAACAAGUACCGUCUGGAGCAAGAGGAGCGCGUGGAUGUCCUUGCUGUUGACAACUCGCGCGUGCGCGCUUCGCAGAUUGCCAAGCUCGCCGAGCUGCGCGCCAAGCGCGAUCCAGCCAAAGCCCAGGCUGCUCUGGAUGCGCUGACAGAGGCGGCUCGCACCGGCACUGGCAACGUUCUCGAUCUCUCCAUCAAGGCAGCCCGCUUGCGCUGCUCGGUCGGCGAAAUUUCGUACGCGCUCGAGAAGAUUUGGGGCCGCCACCGUCCCGUUGAUCGCAUGGUCAGCGGUGCGUACAAGUCCGAGUUUGGCGAUCCCAAGGAGAUUGAAGACACGAUCAAACUGGUCGAGACGUUUGCAAACAAGGAAGGUCGUCGCCCUCGUUUGCUAGUCGCCAAGAUGGGCCAGGAUGGUCACGACCGUGGGGCCAAGGUCAUUGCCACCGGUUUUGCUGAUCUCGGCUUUGACGUUGAUAUCGGCCCGCUGUUCCAGACCCCCGAGGAGGUCGCACGUCAGGCGAUCGACGCCGAUGUGCACGUCGUCGGCGCCAGUUCGCAGGCCGCUGGUCACAAGACGCUCGUCCCUGCGCUGAUCGAAGCCCUCAAGAAGGCCAACCGUUCCGACAUUCUCGUCAUCUGCGGCGGCGUCAUCCCACCGCAAGAUUACGACUUUUUGUACCAAGCUGGUGUUUCAGCCAUCUUUGGCCCGGGCACCAAGGUCCCGGUUGCGGCUCGCGAUGUCGUCAAGGCUAUCGAAGCCAAGCGCGUCGAGUCCGCCACCGCAUGA